GCUGUGGACAGAUCGCUGUGCCACUCAAACACUCUGAAGAGAGAGUCUAGACGUCUCAGAGAGAGAACCAGCUUUCAGGAACCCAAGAUCCCCAGACAGUAGAAAACAUGCCAUUCUGCAGCAUACUGGAGAAGAGUAACGGCAUGGUGGUGGGAGCAGAGCUGGCCUGCAGCAUCCGGGAGGAAAACACGGCUAAGAGGGAGAGCUACAGUGCUGACUGGCACAGCGUUGAUCUGAAAACUCAACCUCAGGACAGACAAACCAUGAGCAUGAAGGACGACUCCCGUAGAGAGACCCUCUCCCGGCAGUGGCAGUACCGCUCUCUGAUCCAGACCUGCCCCUCUGGUGUCUUCAGGGUGGGCACUGUGGAAAGAGGGAUGAAGGAGCACCAGUUGCUGCCAAAGAGACACACCCUCCCCCUGCCCAUCUUUACCCCCACAGAGCUGGGUGUCAGGCUGGGACGUGGUGCCCCGCACACAGAGCACGACCUGCAGCCCUUCCCCACACGAGAUGGGGUCUGCCCCAGCAAGAGGAGUGUGGACGAGAUCACCAGAGACCUCCCCCCCAUCAAACCGGUCCUCAUGGAGUUCACUAAAGCCCCCAGAGCUCUGGGUCGCUCCAUGUCACAGGAAGCCCAAAGAGGCUGAACGGAAAAGAUAGAGGCGGAAAAAGAAGAGAAUAUGUUAGCUUGUUUGAUCCACUUGUGAAUGUGAUGCUAGCACUAGUGCACUUUUAUUGUGAAAAGUGCAAGUUUAACAGAACGAUGGCGAUGCAAGUUAUCAGAAAGAAGGUUGAAAGUGUUUGAAGGGCAAGAAGGGAUGGAUGGAGUGGUAUGGUGAUGAAACGUGAUGUUUGGGUUGGUCACCUCCCAGGAGCUUCUGCCAGUUCUGUAUGGAGAGAACAGAAUGCACUGGCACCAUCACACACUGCUGCUGUUCCUGAGUGAGUGUGUGUGUGUAGACUGGUACCUGUUUUCGUCUCGCUUCAUUAACUCAUUCUUCCUGUUAGCUGAGUGGCAGCUGCUGUCUGAUCCUGACAGCAGACACAAGUUUGGCUGAGAUCAUGAACAACUUUUUAAUGUGUGAAAUGAUGAUAUUUGUUUAUUGGAAAUGAAAUAUUUUUGCUAAUAAAACUUUAAGUACUCAUAA